CGAAAGUAUUUAUUUCAAUACGAUCUGUUGCAAAAACUAAAUCGCAUCCUUACAACAGUACAUAAUUAAAUGCUCAAAAGUAAUUUGCUUGUGACAUGGAGUGUAUGGAGGGAACGCACGUCCGCGUUCUGAGAUCGGCGAGAACUCCCCGACAAGUACCAGGAGUAGCAGGAGCACAAGCCAACAGAGUGGUGAUCGGCGCCCUGAACGCGGACUGCUGGCGCCUCGUGCUCGGCUACUUGUCGGUGCGCGAGCUCAUGCGCACGGAGGCCGCCUGCAGGGACUGGCAGCGGCUCGUGCUUGACGAUAUAUCACGUCGUCCAAUUAUGAUUAUGGACAUGUUUAAUGAAAUUGAUGAAAAUACCAUAGUAGUAAGAAAAAAGAGUAAGAUCUGGCCUUCGUUCAAGCGCUGGCUCAAGAAGUGUGGGCGCGCGGUGCAGUCGCUCUCCUUGGACUGCCAAAACUUCAGCGGCGUGGUGGAGCUGCUCCGGGACGCCUGCCCCAACCUGGAGAUCCUUAGGCUGUGGAACUUGAAGAGCGCGCUGCCUCCCACCGACACGCUGCACUUCCAGCGCCUGGAGCUGCUCACGCUGGAGACCUGCCUUGAGAUAACGGACGCGUGCGUGAGCCAGUUCCUCACGAGCGGGCUCCAGGAGCUCACCCUCGUCGACAACAAGCGCGUCACGGGCCGCUUCCUGCGCCGCCUGCGCACCCCCCAGCUCGAGAGACUCGUUCUCACCUCCUGCAGGGCUUUCAAGUUCUCCUUCCUCCUCGAGAGCGCAGACCGCUUGACCAACUUGACUUCAUUAGUGCUGCGGAAGAGAAAUCACAAUAAAAUAGAAAUUAGGGAUAAACUGCAUCUGCUCGUAGACAAGAUGCCUAAUUUAGAGUCGUUGAUAGUGAGCGUGGAGGACGUGUGCGCGCGGGCCGACGCCGCGCGGCUCCGCGCCGAGAGCGACGAGCUCAUGGCGGCGCUGUGCCGUCGCCAGCGGCUCUACCACCUGGACGCGAACUUCGACGCGUGGGACCAGCACCUGCAGGCGCUGGCCACCAGCUGCGAGAUGCUGGGGGUGCUGCGUUUACGAAGAAGCUAUAUAACGCGCGCGGGGCUGGACGCGCUGCUGCGCGCGCGCGGCGCGCACCUGCUCGAGCUGACGCUGGCCGGCGCCCGCCUCGGGGACCGCGACGUCGCGGCCUGCGUGCACGCCUGCCCCAAGCUCGUGUGGCUGGACAUCGCCGACUGCGAGGUGUCGGCCGGCGUGGUGGCGCUGGUGGCGCGUGCGCGGCGCGACAUGCGCGCCAACCUGCGCGCGAGCACGUUCGCGGCCGACGCCGACAACAACCUGCGCGCGCGCCUACGGCUCCACACCAACUGGUGGCUCUACGACAGAGAUGACGACGAGUUCAAGGACGUCCUCGAUCUGGUCUAAAAGCAAAUAUCCAGUAUAUACUCGCUGAUUUGAAACCACAGGAAAUAAAGAGAAAAAAUACCAAGUAGGUAAAAUCAAACUUUUAAUUUAGUUCACGUGUGAUUCGUCUGUGAUUUAGUUAUUAAGAUUGUUGUUACCUCCGUGAAUCAAAGAUUAACAAUGAAAGGUUAAAUAAAUAUAAUUUCCCAAAAA